UAACACAAAAAAAAACAGAAUCUAUUCUCAACACAACACUAAAGACAAUUUGUACCAACCACAGCCACAACCACAAGAGAGAGAAUGGGAAAGAGAGCGACUAAUGCUCUGAAGAGAGAGGAGUUAAACAGAGGAGCUUGGACUGAUCAUGAAGACAAGACCCUUAGAGAUUACAUCACGACUCAUGGUGAAGGCAAGUGGAGCGUUCUCCCAAAACAAGCUGGGCUCAAGAGAUGUGGCAAAAGCUGUAGACUCCGUUGGAAGAACUACUUAAGACCCGGGAUAAAGCGCGGAAACAUCUCAUCUGAUGAAGAAGAACUCAUAAUCCGUCUCCAUAAUCUCCUUGGAAACAGAUGGUCGUUGAUAGCUGGGAGGCUUCCAGGCCGAACAGACAAUGAAAUAAAGAACCAUUGGAACUCGAACCUCCGCAAAAGACUUCCCAAAACUCAAACCAACCCACCGAAACGUAUAAAACAUUCGACCAAGAACGAGAAUAAUAAGUCACAAACUAUAGUCUCAAAAUGCAUGUUUUCUUGUAGUGUUAUACGUACAAAGGCGAUGAGGUGCUCGAAGGCUCUUCUCGUCUCCGAUCUAUCUCUUCAGAAGCAGAGUAGUAUCAGUCCACUUCCUUUGAAAAAACAAGAGAUGAUGGAUCAAGGUGGGACGUCAUCUUCCUUGAUGGGAGAUCUCGAGUUCGAUUUCGAUAGGAUCCAGUCGGAGUUUUUAUUCCCGGAUUUGAUCGAUUUUGAUGGUUUGGACUGUGGAAACGUAACAUCUCUUGUUUCGUCUGAGGACAUUUUGGGUAAUUUGGUUCCAGCUCAAGGUAAUCUCGAUCUCAAUAGACCUUUCACUUCUUAUCAUCACCAUGGCGACGAUGAAGACUGGCUCGGAGACUUCAACUGUUGA